ACUUAUCUAAGGAACAUUUUGAAUUUAAAUCGACUUAUUCUGACUGUUUACAUUGACAAUAUGGAAAUCGCCCUUGCAAUCUGGCAACACUGUCCGCCGCGACCAGCUGCUUCCGGUUUCAACAUGGAGCCUGUGAGCUCGACGCUCUGAGUGUGCGGUACCUGUGUGAUCUUGACUGGAGAUAAUAAGGGCCCCUGACUGCAGUCAUGUCUGCUGAAGUGAUCAUCAAAGAUGUGUCUGUGGUGGCGGUCCGUGGCCCUGGUGAUGGCAUGGAGACGGACAAGCCUCCAGGGGCCCCCGAACUGUCCGCAGAGCCUCCGCUCCUGAAGAUGGGUACACCGAAGCACAGUCCAAGAGCGGUGCCAGCAGCGGUGCAGUCACCAGGAGUCUUGCACCUGGGGAAGGUGAGCAGAGACGCGUGUAUCGAGGUGGAUGCAGUGAGGAUCGUGGUUCCCCGGGCCGCUAUCAGCCGGAGCGCUCAUGUGGGGCUUCUGGCUGAGGACAGAGGAUCCCCUCAGCAUGGGGAUGAGCGUCCACCAUCACCCUCCUCAGAGCCGCUGGACUACAGGAGCGCACUGGAAAAACUGCAGAACUCAGAGCGCCGUCUGCUGCAGGACAAAGAGGGGCUGUCCAACCAGCUCAGGGUCCAGACGGAGGUGAACCGUGAGCUGAAGAAGCUGCUGGUGGCAUCUGUAGGAGAUGAUCUGCAGUAUCACUUUGAGCGUCUCGCACGAGAGAACAACCACUUGAUCCUGGAGAACGAGGCUUUGGGACGGAGCCUGUCACACACGGCCGAGCAGCUGGAGCGCAGGAGCAUUCAGUGUGACGUCUGGAGGAGCAAGUUCCUCGCCAGCCGUGUGAUGGCAGACGAACUGACCAAUGCCAGAGCAGCUCUGCAGCGGCAGACCAGAGACGCUCAGUGUGCCAUUCAGGAUCUGCUGCGAGAACGAGACGAGUUCUCCCGGGACAUGAUGCACACACACAGGUCUCUGGAGCAGCUGCUGGUGUCUCUGCAGUGGGGUCGGCAGCAGACGUAUUAUCCCAGCGCUCAGCCACUCAGCACAGGAGAACUGGCCGCAGCCAAUCACAAGCUGGCAGAUGCCAUCAACUCUCACCUGCUGGGAAACAUGGGCGGCAGCAGCAGCAGCAACAGCGGCGCCGUGAAGAAUAACAACCUGAGAUCAGAGCUCUGCAACACACCGGCCGAGAAGAUGGCUGAGAAGGUGCUGCGGAGUUUAGACCCCAUAUCCUGCACUGAGACGGAGCCCGACCCGUCCACGUCUGAAUCUGUUCAUUCCCCGUUCCUGCCCAGUAAGAAGAGCAUCGGCCGCUUCCACCCAUACACACGCUACGAGAACAUCACCUUCAACUGCUGCGAGCGCUGUAACGGAGAGCUGAUCGUGCUCUAGAACAUCACCUCAACCUUCAGGCAGUAUUAUGACGCUUUCCUUCACGCCUGUUCUCAUGAAAAAACCAAAGACAAAUCCCACAGACUCCGCAGCAGACGCAGUGCUGAAGCUUUGAUCCUCACAGAUGAUCUCCGGAUGUGAUUCCUUUGUUUAAAUGUACGGCUCCGAUGUGGAGGAUGGUGCCGCACACGUGUUUGAGGUUUCUUAGAUUGGACAGAUUGAUUUAAUGGAGGAUAUCUAUCAUCGGUUAUUCACCCUCCUCCUGUUUCACACCUGCAUGAAAUUAGAUUGAUUAAUUGAUUAAAACAAUUAGAAAUGAUUUAAAUGAUAAUUAAAUUAAUGAGAGAUUAGAAUAAGAAAUUAAUCACUGGUAAUUCAUUCAUAGGAAAUUCAUUAUUAGAUUAAUAAUGAGAAAUAAAUACAUUUGAAAUGAAUUCAUAAGAAAAUAAUAAUCCAGUUUAGAAGAAAUUGGAAUAUAAGAUAUGAACAAUUAGAAAUGUUUUAAGAUUCAGUAACGGUAAAUCCAAAUGUCCAAAAAGGUCCAAAAUGUCAAAAAGCAGCUUGAAAGUAUCACAUGUAUUCCACAUCUGAAAUGAAGCACGUGUGUGAAACAGCAUGAGGAUGAGUAAACGAUGAACUGCUGAUGUAGAUGUGUAUGACAGUGAGAGCUAUGAGCUUUAUUUAUAUGAUGCAGUGAAAGAUGCUGCUGCUGAAUGGUGUCUGUAUUUACACUGUAUUUUCAUCAAUAUUCUCCAAGCAGACAUUUAAGUGUUUUCCUGGACUGUUUUUAAACCAUUUCGAGAAUAUUAUCUCUUUCUUAAAUUACAAAAAAUAAACAGUUUGGAGUGAAA